AGAAGUAUCGCCGACGAUUACAAUCAGAGAUCGGGAAAUCUCCACCAGAGAACAAGCAGACCCUACAGAAUUAGAAAACCCUGCAACCAACCGACAGAGAUGAUUCGUUCCAGUGCAUUAAUUGGCCGCCUACCACUGCGAGGCAUUGCCGCGACGGCAUUUAACAACAGUGCCGGUCUGCUGCAAUCCUCGCCAAAUUUUGCGGCACUGCAAAGUACACAAGUUCGACACCGGUCCACACCGAUCAACACGAUGGUGAUGUUCGUCCCCCAGCAAGAGGCAUGGGUCGUCGAAAGGAUGGGAAAAUUUCAUCGCAUUCUAGAACCGGGUCUAAAUAUUCUCCUGCCAAUAGUGGACCGGGUGAAGUAUGUACAAAGUUUGAAGGAAAUUGCCAUAGACGUUCCAAAGCAAUCGGCUAUCACCUCGGACAACGUAACGCUCAGUAUAGACGGUGUGUUGUAUCUGCGAAUUCUGGAUCCGUACCUUGCAUCGUACGGCGUGGAAGAUCCGGAGUUUGCCAUCACGCAGCUCGCCCAGACGACGAUGCGUUCGGAGUUGGGCAAGAUGUCCCUCGAUAAGGUGUUCCGCGAGCGUGAAUCGCUCAACAUCAGUAUAGUAGAGUCGAUCAAUAAGGCCAGCGAAGCGUGGGGUAUCUCGUGCCUUCGGUAUGAAAUCCGUGACAUAAAGCUUCCCAGCCGGGUGCACGAAGCAAUGCAAAUGCAGGUCGAAGCUGAACGGAGGAAGCGUGCGGCUAUCCUCGAAUCGGAAGGUGUCCGAGCUGCCGACAUCAAUGUGGCAGAGGGAAAGCGACAGUCACGAAUUCUCGCAUCAGAAGCCCAAAAGCAGGAGGAAAUCAACCGAGCGAAUGGUGAAGCGGCUGCCAUUAUGGCUCUGGCCGAUGCUCGUGCUAAAAGUCUUAAAAUUGUGGCCGCAUCGCUCGCCAACGAGCAUGGGCGUAGCGCGGCCUCCCUCAGUGUAGCGGAGAAGUACGUGGUGGCAUUCGAAAAACUCGCCAAACAGAACAACACUCUCAUCGUACCAUCGACCGCAUCCGACGUGACCUCGAUGGUAGCACAAGCGAUGCAAAUCUACAAUAAUCUCUCAAGCGCAACGGCUCGGGCAGCAGUAGGGGAUCAUCAGCAUCGGCAGCGUCGCGACACAGACGACCAAACGGUAUUCGAUGGCCACAGCGAAAGCAGCAUUAAACUGGACUCAUUGCAACCAUUGGAAAGUAUUGAGGGUGGAACGGCACCGCAAACAGGAACAUCGAAAUAAAAUCGCAUCUCCCGACAAAACACACAUUUGUUUGAAAGAUUGUGUACCCCGCACUGGCAAUGCUGGUGAACUUACUUGUUGACUUAGGAAAGUACGAAGAGGAUGGCCGUUGCUUGAGUUCUCGUCCAACUUUUAGCCGCGAAACUGAUCCAAUUAACAGUAAUGUAAAUAAAGAUCUUAUGGGCGUGGAAAAUACGAACUGAAAUAAGAACGCCAUUGUUGUA